UUCACCGAGUCGGGUUCCGUGCGGAGCAACAUUUUCUUUGACAGACGGAACAGAACCGAAAUGAAGUCAGCGUGCAGGUGAAGGCAGACGCAAAGCCUGUCGGCGACUCGGCGCCCAGUCAGUGUGUGAUUUUCGGCUGUCAGUGGAACUUGGAAAGGGGCGGAUGUAGCUUCUCACCGCCCCUUACCUCCCUGGAACGUCUGCAUUGAGGUGGCGCUCGGACAAGCGAGGGGAAACUGCCGGUAACCUUCGAAUUUGUGGAGGCAUGUCAAAGAAAAGAGGCAGGAAGCGAAGCAUCGGGGAGUUGAGCGACGCUGGGAGCCCUGACCCCAACUGCAUCCUGGGUGUGCGCAUUCAGCACAACUGGCGCGAGAAGGGCAACCAGAGCAAGUGGAAAGGGACCGUGCUGGACCGACUCGGCGUCAAUCCGUCGCUCUUCAUGGUCAAGUACGACGGCUUUGACUGCGUCUACGGCAUCGAGCUGUUCAAGGACGAGCGCGUCUCUAACCUGCAGGUCCUCUCGGAAAGUGUCGUAAACAACAGGCUCAAGAUACCCACCGGGGCUGAGGAGCUCGUCGGCAAAGCCGUGGAGCAUCUCUUUGAAAAGGAAGACGGCGAGAAGAACGAGUGGCGAGGGAUGGUGCUUUCCAGAGCGCCAAUCAUGACCAACUGGUAUUAUAUCACCUACGAGAAGGACCCAGUUCUUUAUAUGUACCAACUGUGGGACGACUACGCCGAUGGGGACCUCAGGAUUCUGCCCGAAGCGGAAAACAAGCACCUGCUGCCCGCCGACAGGAAGCCCGGGGAAGAGACUGAGAGCCUGGUGGGCAAACAGGUGGAGUACGUGACCGACAAAGGUGUGAAGAGGACCGGCCUGGUCAUCUACCAGGUCCCCGCCAAGCCCUCCGUCUACUAUAUCAAAUACGAUGAUGACUUUCACAUCCACGUCUACGACCUGGUGAAAACCACCUAAAGGGAGAGAGAGAGAGACGUGCUCCCUUCCCUCAUCCAUCCUCAUAAGUUCUUAUUUAAAGCCAUCGCAGACUAGUUGACGCUUCGUAAUUCAUGUAAGCUUUGGUUUGUUCCUUUCUUUGUACGUUUGCACAGCACAACUGUAGCGGCCAACUCUUAACUCGUCGCGUCCGCAUUCCCAAGCGUAAAAGGCCGUAUUUGAGUUUGCCCGACGCGCAAAGUUGGGAUGCACGCCCACUCCGCUUUGGCAUUAAGUGCACAAACGGAGUUAAAUCCAUUAUUUGCGGAAUUUCUACAUACUUAAAAGUCGGGACGGAUGGAAUAUCGCACAAGUGCUUUACCAGAGAUUUAGUCAUUAGCCUCCAUUUGGCUAUGUUAAGAAAUCGGUCAUUAUCGCAGGGUAUCUGCUCCUUUAAACAUAGAGUAUUCUUUGUAAAGCUUAAAAAGGAUGACAUUUGCUUGCAUCCCAAUGACGCCACCAAAAAAAAAAAAAAAGAAUCAUCAAGUGCCUUCAGGCUCACAAUUUUUUUUUCCCUCAAUAAUGUACAUAUCUCAGAACAGGGGUACACGAACCGCAUACUAAAACAAAUCCAACCUCAGACGAAUGCUUAACCCCUCCGCCCCCAAAAAAGCAUAAAAGGUCCCCCCCCACCGCGUAUAAAGGCUUUUUAAGUUCUGUUGGUUCAAGCGUCUUCUCAAUAGGCAACGUUCGAACAAGCUUGCAGUCAAGUGUGUCCCGGUGCUUGUGUAUGGCAGUCACGGAAAAAAAAAAAUAAAAAUGCAGUUUGAAAAACUUUAAAUACAAAAAUCCAGAGUGGUUGUAUAAUCUGUUGAUAUUGUCAAGAGCACUUUAUUGUACGACGUUUACAUGUUUAGAUUAGUUUUUCUGCCUCUGGGCAAUAAUAACGCUUCAUUUACAGGCAUGAUGGUUUAAAUAAUAAAAAAAAAAACAACAUUGCAGCACUUUCAGUAUUUAAAUGCGUACAAGUUGUGUGAAAUUGUUGUGAAUAUUUCAACCAAACAAUAAACAGGUAGCUCAAACCAA